AUGGUGUGGACGCAGAGGGUGCGCGACGCGCUCGUGCGCACGUACGCGACGACGACCAAGAUACCAAAGCACUUUGCGUACCAGGACAAGCGCAAGGGGUUCAGUGAGCGCAAGACGUUCCUAUUUAACAAGUACCAGCGCAUGAUGCGCGAGAAUGAGCUGGUCGUGCUUUUUCACGCCGAGAACCUGAAUGUGAAGCUGCUGAGCGAGAUCCGCCGCCAAGUGUCACACAUCAAGGUGCCUGACGCUGACCUCGCGCGUCUCGAGGCGCUGAACCACGGCGCGCCGUGGACGUGGCCGGCAUCGGCUUUUACGAUGGCACGCACAGGCCUUUUGCGCCCCGUGUGCCGCCGCGAUACCGCUGAGUCGAUCCAGGCACUCGAGCCCUACCUGCAUGGACAGAUGGCUAUGCUGACAUGCCCUGUGCUUUCGCCCGAAUACGUCGGCAAAGUACUGCGUGCGAUCGAGCGGCCUGUCACGGCCGCCGCGAAUGACGUCGAUCCCAAGAGCGAGAAAAAAGCGCCGCUGUUGCGGCCGCUCGUGGCGGUGGCUGAGCGCGCGCGCGUCAUCGAUGCCAAGAGCCUGCCUGCGUUCACGCAGCUUCCGAACCUCGCGACGCUCCGUGCGCAGCUCGUCGGUCUGUUGUCGGCGCCCGGCACGCAGCUCGCUGGCAUCCUGUCACAGGCGGGUGGUGGCGAACUCGCCGCUACACUCGAGGCUCGUCGCCGCGAUCUGGAGGCAUAG